CUAAGGCCCUGAACCAGUUGCCUCAACCGGCUGCUAUGCCGAACCAGGGUCAGCCCGUGGCCGUUCCUUAUGCUGAUACUGCUGCUGCUACAACUGUCAUUGCUGCUAGUCCGAGACCCAGAGGAAGGCCCAAGGGUACCACCGUAGCUGCUGCUGGCGGCGUCGCCGUAAGUGGUAAGGGGAGAGGUCGACCACCGAAGAGCGGUGGGGUCGCUGCCAAGCCCAGGAUUUCAACCGGAAAACCCGUUGGCCGUCCCAAGAAGACAUCGGGCGGAGCAGCAACAUAUGCUGAUCUGAAGAGAAAACUUGAAUUCUUUCAAUCCAAAGUGAAGCAAGCAGUUGAAGUACUAAAGUCCCAGUACAGCAGAGAAAACAACAUCAGUACAAUCGAUGCAAUCCAAGAGUUGGAAGGACUUGCCAUGAUGGACAUCGGCGAACCGUUUAAAGAGGAUGCUUGGCUGCAGGAACCGACACAACCACCACCACCGCCGCAAAGGGAAGGACAAUUGUAUUGAUAAAAUCCCUUUCUCCCCUGUAUGAUUAUAUCAAGAGCUAUGGAAAAAAUGUUCUGACCCCUAGACAUAAAAUUUGUGAUAUAUUUGUGUAAAGGGAGGAGUAGGCAGUUGCAAGUGUUGUUUAUUGUUGUUGAGGUGUGUUGUUUGUAAAACCUUUUUCUAUGUAGUGCAACAUUAUUCAGGCAUCAUCCCUGGCUGGCUGGCUGGGUUUUUGCUUUGCUACUAAUAUGUAUUGACGUUAGCCUAUUUUUAUAUAUUAUUUCGAGUUUUUCUAUCA